AGCAACUGCUCUUCUUUCAAUCUUCCUAGCAUUUUUGAGCAAUUUUGCUCACAUCAACAUCUGCAACCAUGAAGUGGCUGACAUUAAUUUCAUUCAUUUUUCUCCUGAGUUCUGCCAGAUCCAGGAAUCUGCAAAGAACUGCACGAGAUGCAGACCACAAGAGCCCGAUUGCCCACCGCUUCAACGACCUGAAGGAAGAGACGUUUAAGGCAGUUGCCAUGAUCACCUUUGCCCAGUACCUCCAGAGAUGUUCCUACGAAGGGCUGUCUAAGCUGGUGAAGGAUGUGGUUGAUUUGGCACACAAGUGUGUGGCCAACGAGGAUGCUCCCGAGUGCUCCAAACCACUGCCCUCCAUUUUCCUGGAUGAAAUCUGCCAAGUCGACAAGCUCCGCGACUCAUACGGCAACAUGGCUGACUGCUGUGGUAAGGCUGAUCCCGAGAGAAACCAGUGCUUCCUGUCCUUCAAAGUGCAGCACCCAGACUUCAUCCAGCCCUACCAGAGACCAGCUGCUGAUGUCAUCUGCAACGAGUACAAGGACCACCGGGUGCAGCUCCUGGGAAAUUUCGUCUACACUGUUGCAAGAAGGAACCCCUUCCUGCACGCCCCAGCGAUCCUGGGCCUGGCUGCUGAGUAUGAAAACGCACUUAAAAGCUGCUGUUCAGAGAGUGAUGUUGGUGCUUGCUUGGAUGCAAAGGCAGCUGUUAUCAAGGAAAGAGCCAAGAAGAUAGAUGUGAAGCAGCAGCACGGAUGUAGAAUCCUCGACAAGUAUGGUGAGAGGACUUUCCAAGCAAGCAAACUCGUUCGUAUGAGCCAGAAAUACCCCAAGGCUCCCUUUGCCGAACUUGUGAAGAUGGUGCACGACGUGAAGGAUGUCUACAGAGAGUGCUGCGAGGGGGACAUGGUGGAGUGCGUGGAUGACUGGUCAGAGCUCGUGGCCUCUCUGUGCUCUAAACAAGAUGUUUUCUCAAGCAAACUCAAGCCCUGCUGCGAGCUGCCAGCUGUGGAAAGGACCAAGUGCAUCAUGGAGGCAGAGUUCGACGACAAACCUGACAAUCUUCCUUCACUAGUUGAAAAAUACAUUCAGGAUAAGGAAGUGUGUAAAACCUACGAGGCAAACCACGAUGCAUUCCUGUCAGAGUUUGUUUAUGAAUAUGCACGAAGACACCCCGAGUACUCCACGCAGCUGGUCAUGAGGAUCACUAAGGGAUAUGAAUCACUCCUGGAUAAGUGCUGCAAGACAGACAACCCUGCUGAGUGCUACGGCAACGCUCAAGAGGAAGUGAACAAGCAUGUCAAGGAAACCGAGGAUGUGGUGAAGACCAACUGUGAGCUGUUCACUACCCACGGCGAGGCAGACUUCCUGAAAGGAAUUCUGGUCCGCUACACCAAGAAAAUGCCUCAGGUAUCAACUGAGACCAUGCUUGAAAUCGGCAAGAAAAUGACAGGGGUUGGCAAAAAGUGCUGCAGUCUUCCUGAGGACAAACGCAUGUCUUGUUCUGAGCACUACCUGAGCAUCAUCAUUGAAGACAUGUGCAAGCGACAGGAGAGCACCCCGAUCAACGAGCAGGUCUCCCAGUGCUGCAACGAGCUCUACUCGUACAGGAGGCCGUGCUUCACUGCCAUGGGCGUAGACACCAAAUACGUGCCGCCAGCAUUCGACCCCAUGAUGUUCAACUUCGAUGAGAAACUGUGCACGGCUCCUCCGGCGGAGCGCGAAGCAGGGCAGCUGAAAAUGCUCGUCAACCUCGUCAAGCGCAAGCCCCAGAUGACAGAAGAACAAAUCAAGACAAUUGGUCAGAGUUUCACUGCCAUGGUGGAUAAGUGCUGCAAGCAGGCAGAUAUCGAGGGGUGUCUUGGAGAAGAGGGUGCUUCCCUAAUAGUCCAGAGCAGAGCCAUAUUAGGAAUUGGUGCCUAACCUAAGGUUGCCAGUGAGAAAAACAUGAAGAAAAAACUUCCUGUGUAACGUCUCCCACCCCUUACCCUUUUUCAUUUGGUACUGAAUGACCACUUCAUGGAUCUUCUGUGUUUUGUCACACUAUGUGCUUUUAAAUUCCUUCACUAAAAAGAAACUAAAAAAUAAAAGCUUGAUAAAACCGCA